GAGAUGAUUCCAAGUAAGAAGAGUGCUGUUCUCGUGGAUGGGGUUGUACUGAAUGGCCCCACGACAGAUGCAAGAGCAGGAGAAAAGUUUGUUGAAGAGGCCUGUAAGCUAAUAAUGGAAGAGGUGGUUUUGAAGGCUACAGAUGUCAAUGAGAAGGUUUGUGAGUGGCGGCCCCCUGAACAGCUGAAACAACUUCUUGAUUUGGAGAUGAGGGACAUGGGAGAGCCACACCACAGGCUGCUGGAGCUCUGCCAGGAUGUCAUACGCUACAGCGUCAAAACUAACCAUCCAAGAUUUUUCAACCAGUUGUAUGCUGGACUUGAUUAUUAUUCCUUGGUGGCCCGAUUUAUGACAGAAGCAUUAAACCCAAGUGUUUAUACGUAUGAGGUGUCCCCAGUGUUUCUGUUAGUGGAAGAAGCGGUUCUGAAGAAAAUGAUUGAAUUUAUUGGCUGGAAAGAAGGGGAUGGAAUAUUUAACCCAGGUGGUUCAGUGUCCAAUAUGUAUGCAAUGAAUUUAGCUAGAUACAAAUAUUGUCCUGAUAUUAAGGAAAAGGGGCUGUCUGGGUUGCCAAGAUUAAUCCUUUUCACAUCUGCAGAGUGUCAUUACUCUAUGAAGAAAGCAGCCUCCUUUCUAGGGAUUGGUACAGAGAAUGUUUGCUUUGUGGAAACAGAUGGAAGAGGUAAGAUGAUACCUGCGGAGCUGGAGAGGCAAAUCUGGCAAGCCAGCAAAGAGGGAGCAGCUCCGUUUCUCGUCUGUGCCACGUCUGGUACAACUGUGUUGGGAGCCUUUGAUCCUCUGGAUGAAAUAGCAGACAUCUGUGAGAGGCAUGGUCUCUGGCUUCAUGUGGACGCUUCUUGGGGUGGCUCAGCUUUGAUGUCGAGGAAGUACCGCAAACUUCUGCAGGGCAUCCACAGAGCUGACUCCGUGGCCUGGAACCCCCACAAGAUGCUGAUGGCUGGAAUUCAGUGCUGCGCUCUCCUGGUAAAAGACAAAUCUGACCUUCUUAAGAAAUGCUACUCUGCCAAGGCAUCUUACCUCUUCCAGCAGGAUAAGUUCUAUGAUGUCAGCUACGACACAGGAGACAAGUCUAUCCAAUGCAGCAGGAGACCAGAUGCGUUCAAGUUCUGGAUGACUUGGAAGGCCCUGGGCACAUUAGGCCUUGAAGAAAGAGUCAAUCGUGCACUCGCUUUAUCUAGGUACCUCGUAGAAGAAAUCAAGAAAAGAGAAGGAUUCAAGUUAUUGCUGGAACCUGAAUAUGCCAAUAUUUGCUUUUGGUACAUUCCACCGAGCCUUAGAGAGAUGGAAGAAGGACCUGAAUUCUGGGCAAAACUUAAUUUGGUGGCCCCAACCAUUAAGGAGCGCAUGAUGAAGAAGGGAAGUCUGAUGCUGGGCUACCAGCCCCACCGCGGGAAGGUCAACUUCUUCCGCCAGGUGGUGAUCAGCCCUCAAGUGAGCCGGGAGGACAUGGACUUCCUCCUGGAUGAGAUAGACCUACUGGGGAGAGACAUGUAG